AUGAGGUUUACAAUACGACAGUGCAUAUAUGUUUUGUUACUGGUUUGCCCAUAUUAUAACUAUAAUACAGAAUGCGGUCAUUAUUUUCAAGAUGGUGGUGUAUGUGUUAAUUACAUAUCACAUAACGAUUAUGUGGCGCAUGAAAAUGGACAAGACAUCUCAAGCAUAGAAGUUUCUCUUAAAGAACUUAGUAUAGCCCAAGGUUUAUUAAUACUCAGAGCUAAUGAUACCAUCCUUGACAGUUGCGUACAAGCUUUCACAAGUUUUGUAUGCGCUACUGCAUUUCCAAAAUGCAAAGUGACUGACUCCAAUACCGUUUUGGUGCUUCCUUGUCAGUCCACAUGUACAAACGUUUUCGAUUCUUGUGUAACUAGUCUUAAUAGAGCUUCACCGGAUACUCAAGAUAUUAUUAAAACGUACAUACAAUCAUCCCAGUACUUCACUCGGGAUUGUAAUGGUAAUAUUGGUGCAUCGUCACCAUUUGAUAUCAAGUAUCCAACAGAAGAAUGUAAUAGUUCUCCACAAAUUUCUUUUAGACCAAAAUGUUUCAACCCUCUUAUUGAGGACCCUAAAUGGAUUGAAUCUAAUAAAAGUGUAGUUUUGGAUAACAAUCUUUGUCGAAAUGGUUGUUGUCUUCCUUGUCCUCAAUCAUACGCUUUAUAUCCACAAAAUAAGAUGGAAAGAGGUUUCUUGGCAACACAAAUAUUAAGAGCCUUGUCAGCUGUUGGAUCAGGGAUAAUGUUAAUUUCAUAUCUAGUUUUACCAGGGAAACGAAAUCAUCCUAGUAUAUUAAUCCUUUUUGCAUCCUUAUCAAUUUUCUUAUAUUCUUCCAAUGUGUUUUUUUCUAUUGGAAACCCAAAACAGGUUCAAUGUGUAGGUGAUAUAAUUCCUAGCACUCAAAACAAUAAUCAUUUCUUUUGUGGACUUCAAGGAGCUUUACUUAUUUUUGCUUCACAUGCAGCAACUUUGUGGAUUGGAGUUAUAAUUCUUAACCUUCACAUCCAUACUGUAUGGAAUUCAAAUAUAAUGACCAAUAAAUACUUUUAUAUUUACGCUAUAUGCUGGGGAAUUCCAUUAAUAUUAACUGUAGUAGCAUUAGCAACAAAUUCAAUCGUUUAUCAAUUUGCUACGCUUUGUUUUGUCAAAGUAGGAUUGGCUAAUCUUAUAUUCUUUUAUCCUAUGGCGAUUGUUGUCAUUUCACAACAAGACGAAGCCAAAGCUUCGAAUGGAAGCUUCUCAGAAAUGAUGAUGACACAUCAUCGCCAUGUAUUACAAGCAAUUAAGAUUCAGUGGAGGGCACUUUUAUUAGCGAUUAUAUUUUUGACUACAGUAAUAUUCUAUUGGUUAUUUUAUUACCUUGAAUUAAUUAGCAUUGCUGAAGGUACAAAGAAUAAACAAUUUAUUAAUGAAUGGUUACCUUGUAUUCAAUCUGGCAAAGGACAAACCACUUGUGCAAAUGAAAUUGCAAGUAAAUAUAUGCCUCGAUUUGGUUUAAUGUUUACAGCCGAAACGUUAACUAGUUUAAUUGGCAUUUACUUAAUUACUAUAUUUUCUAAUGGGGCUUUAUGGCGAGAAUGGAAGCUUUGGUUCAAUGAAAAAGUAUCCAGACGUAAAAUUGAAAAUACUCAUCCUGAACAAUUUUUUGCCUUAUAA